GGGUUUAGAUUGAUUUUUUAAUUUUCUGAUGAUGUUCUUCACUAAGGCGAAUUUUUUUUAGUUUUUCUUUGGUUCAUAUAUGUAUAAUUGGCUUCUUAAACCCCGGUGGUGUUCUUCCAAAUUAGUCUUUAUCUUAUAGGGGGUGUAAAAGUUGACUCUUUUUUUUUAUUUUUUUUUAUAGAGUUCAAGGUAUAUUCUGCAUAUUAGAAUUUUAGAAAUCAGUAUGGUAGUAUUAUAAGCUGUUUAUUUUGUGCUUAGACUAUAGUUUAGUUUUGUUUUUGGAAUCCUGUGAUAUACAAAUGGGUUCUUCUGAGGGGAAUGAUAGUUACUCCCUAAAUUUCAUUUUGUUUGUCUUACUUUUUUUUUUAGUCUCUUUAAAAAAGAAUGUCUCUUUCCUUUUUUGGCAACUCUUUAAUUUCAACUUUCCACGUGGCAUGUUUAAGAUCACAAGAUUAAAGAACGUUUUAGUACAUUCUACAUUCUUUACGUUAAGACCACAAGAUUCAAAAGUCUUCUUUAUUUUCUUAAACUCCGUGCCGAAUCAAAACCAGACAAACAAAUGGAAAGGGAGGUAGUACAAUUUUAUCUAUUUUGUGCUGAGAGUAGUUUUGUUUUUAUUUGAUUCACGAGUGCAAAAUUGUGUUCUUUUUGGCUGGUCUAGUUCUAAUCUAAUCUGUAAGUUAAAGGAAAGAAGGAAAAUAUGACCUUUUUUCUGUUCCGGGCCAUCUUAACCAUAUCGGAGAAAAGAAUGGUAGUAUUAUACAAAAACUAUUCUAUACUUAUAGUUUGACACUGGAGUAGACUGAAAUUAAAUUAAGGCUAAAAUUCUAGUCCUAAAGUAAGAAUCGUUGAAUCAUUCAAGGUUGUGGUCUAGCAGUCAAUGAAGUGGGUUGAGCACCAUCAGGUCUCAAGUUCAAAUCCAGCAGAGGCAAAAAUAAUAGAAGAUUUCUUUGUACCUGUCCAAGCUUUGGCAAAUAGAGUUACUUGGUACCUAUCUUUGGUGGGAGUUAGCAAGUACCUUGUGGAAUUAGCCUAGACGCACGUAAGCUGACCCAGACACCAGGGUUAUAAGAAAAAAGUAAGAACGUUUGGACUUUGGGAAUCAUGUCGAUAUUAUUACAGGUCAAGAUAAAAAAGUAGGGGGGAUUUGACACAGAUAAUAUGUCUAGUCUUAGUUUCCUUACCAACCAUGUUUACUGCAGUUAAGAGUGACUUAAGUGGAAAUUUAUGGUUUAUUGAUGAGCCUGAGUUAGGCCAAGCAAAACUGAAUUAAAUCUUAUCUAGUUUUCUUUUCUUCAUUUUGUUUGCCUGAAGUUCCAAAAGCAUAAUGUUGAUAGUGAAUCAUGAGAAAGCACUGUAAUUAUUACAAAGACAUUACUGAUCUUACUGUCUUGUGCAGGAUAAAGUUCUUGGGAUCCUCAAGUUCUCUGGUUUUAAAUGUAUUAUUCAUGAUGAAUAAUUCUGAGAUCAUAUUCCUGUUUCAUUAAAGAAAGUCAAUAGAGAGGCAUAUGCUUCUUUUGUGUUUUUGCUCUUUAUUGUUCUUGACAGAUAUCAUUUGUUGGGACAAAAGCACUUUGUUAAUACAGUAUAAAAAAACAAACAGCCUUCUGUUCUGCGAAUUGUCAUUCUUCAAAUGCUAUUACAUGGAUUUGAAGUUCUGCCUGUGUCUUUUCUUACUUGGUUCUAGCUGGUGCUGUACUGCUAGAGAAUUAGCUGCCCGUAACCCUCUUAUUACUGAAACUGAAGAUGUUUCUGUACUGCAGAUAAAUAACCUAGAAGAACCGAGACAAGUUAAACCUUUGGAAGAAGUCAAUGGAAAUGAACAGUUGUGCACAUUCUGUGAAGAAUAUACUGCUAAGGCAGUUAAUUACAUGGCUAAUAACAGGACCGAAACAGAGAUCAUUGACCACCUUCACAAAUCCUGUUUGAAGUUGCGAUUUUACAAGAAGGAGUGCUCCAUACUGGUGGAUUAUUAUGCUCCUCUCUUCUUCUUAGAGAUCAACAAAAUAAGACCUGAAGAUUUUUGCCAAAAGUUUGGCCUUUGUGAACGAGAUGUUGCCAUUUCUCAGGUUUUUUCUGAAAAGAACUGCAAUUUAUGCCACCAAGUAGUUACGGAGGCCGAAAAGAAAUUGAAAGAUCCUGACACCCAGUUGGAGAUACUUGAGCUGCUCUUGAAGGCAUGUGGAGCUCUCAAACCUUAUGCUAAAAAGUGCAAGAAGCUGGUGUUUGAAUAUGCGCCAGUGAUUCUCGUAAAUGCUGAACAGUUUCUGGAAAAGAAUGACGUAUGCGCUAUUCUUCACGCUUGCGAGCCUGCAGUAGAAAAAGAGCAACCAUCGCUGAGGAAGCAAACUUCAUCGCAUUCUGUGUCUUAAGGAAAUGGUUGGGAACAUAUUGUUCUAUGUAAACAAAUGUACACCAUCAUAAAAGUUUCUUCAAUGUUGUGUAUAUAGUUUAAUAGGUUGAAUUCCAAACUUCAUUUAUUGUUAUGAACACAGUUAUUUAUGCAAGAGUAAAUAUAUCAAAAGUUAGUACUCAAAGGGGUAUUUCUCAGCCUUAAA